ACCGAAAACUUGCGACACGGUACCGGUACUUGUAACAAUAAUACCGGUAGGGCAGGAAGUUGUACCGUAUUUCACACAGUGCUCGUACUUGUGCUGGUGCGGUACAGUGAUCAAAGUCAUUAGCGAUAAAGUGCAGGUCUGAUAGCAGAGCUGUACCGGCACCGUAUCUGUCUAUGGAUUCGGCAGCUACGGUAGGAUGCUUCACCUACGACACCAUCGAUAUGGGGAAAAAGCGGGUUCACUUCCGAAGUAUGGUAUUCCACCGGUAUAAAUGCAUGUUUGAGCAAUGCAAUGGGCCAAACCCCGAAGUUGUAGCUGUAGCGAGUAUUUGGGUGUACUGUACAGUACCAGUAUUGCUCGCUGUGUGAGCGUGAGGAACAAGCGCGCUGCUGUGUGUCACGCUGCUGUAUCAUAUAUACUGCACUCUGAAGCAGAGCUGUUGAAAUUGGCCAACGGGGAAAAGGCCAAAUUGGCUAUCGCUACGGUACUCGUAUUAUACUCGUACCGUACUAGUACAGGGGCUGAUGUAACGAGUAGCGACAACACGGGUGACGCGACAUUUCUUUCUUUUUGACAAAAUUUUUUCCUUCAACAUCUCUCCUCUCAUUGCUACGGUACUCCUGACCAAACUCGUCAACAUUGUGUGUGCUUGGAUCCUCGAGGCCACCCCUUCCCGAGCUGCCGUAUGAGACUCUUGCAUGAGUUAGUUCUUACCAUCUAACAACGCAGAGUCCAAGAUCCACCAUCCAGUUUCUCACCAGGCCUCCAUAACCUCCCUGGUCCGGGCCCGCCGACAUCGAUGAAAGACGGGAAUCCAUCCUCAGCCCCGCCGCCACCAUCACCAGUAGUGAAGCCCGAGAGCGAUGAUGGGGCUGUUCCGCUGAGCCCCGGAUCGGUCUCCAGAUCUAGCUCACGAGAUAGGUGGUCUGCGGAAAAAGUGGAAGCUAUCAAGGAGGCUUGCCGAGCCGGCAAUCGGAGAGCUGUCGUGGAGCUGGCAACAUCCAGGGAUGGCCUCAUCAGUGAUGGGAUUCGUAGGGAAGCAUGUGUGUAUUUUGAGCUGCUGUUUCUUGAGUUCUAGUGUAUGCUGAUGCGUCCCACAUAGGGCCCUUCCUGCUUGGAUAUGGGACUGCCUACCACGAGAAAGGCGCGCCUCCUACAGAUAUACCUGAAGCACGCCCAUCUUGGAAAGCCCUUCCUCCACACAGGGAUGAGGAUCAAGUGAAGCUGGAUGUGGACCGAUCCUUCAUCUAUUACCCCACUAGUAGGUCGCCGACUUUAUCUUCACAAAUGACCCCAGCUUCAGCUAAACAGAACUGAAUAUAUAAGCGUAGAUUUGUCGCCACGGGAGCUCAAGACUAGGAAAAUGGAGCUUUUAGAUUUAAUUGUUGAAGUAUUGCGGCAACACCCGAUGCUAUGUUAUUUCCAGGUUUGUGCUGGAAGCGUUCCUUCCCCUGCGGCCAAUCGGUUAUUGAUUGCUCCUUUCAGGGGUUUCACGACAUCUGUCAGGUCCUAUUAUUGGUCCUUGGCCCGACUCAUGCUGUGGCCGCUGUUGAGCACAUAUCACUCUUGCGGAUACGGGACUUUAUGCUUCCAACAAUGUCGCCAACUUCGGACCACCUCCAACUUCUCUACCCACUACUAUAUUCUAUGGAUCCAAAACUUUUUCAUCAUAUAUCUCGGACCCAGCCCUUCUUUGCCUUAGCCGCUACAUUGACCUUAUACGCUCAUGAAAUUCAAGAGUAUAACAGCAUAGCAAGAUUAUUUGACACAUUUUUGGCUAUGGAUCCAGUAUUUCCGCUUUACCUGUUUGCUGAGGUCUGUCACCUCAUCUCUUUAAUCGACAAACCCGUGUGAAUUGUUCUGACGCAGAUCAUAGAUCGUUCUGCGAAGAAGGGAUGAGUUAUUUGAGAUCCCUAACGAUGAACCUGAAAUGCUUCACUCCAUACUCUCAAAACUUCCAAAGCCACUAGAUUUAGAAGAUCUCAUUUCUCGUGCAGUCAGUUUGCUCGAGCAGCAACCCCCAGAAUCUUUGUCGACUUGGCAUAAGGUAUCUUCCCGAAGUGUUCUCAAGACUUCACGAAACCCGGAUAAGAGUCCUUCAAGCUUGAGUCACGCCGAGAAGUUAUUUAACCAGCAGUGGCGUGAACUUGAGCGGGCUCGCAAGAGAAGGGCCAUUUUUAAAGCCAUUGUAAAGAAAGGCAGAAUCACUCUUCUUGGAUUAACCCUUCUCGUUGGGAUCUCGGCGAUUGGACUCGGCUUUUACCUGCAGAAGAGCGGUACCGGUAUCAAUCGCAUUUUGGGGUUUAGUGUUUCUCCAUUACUCAGGCGGCUCUUGGCAAGCAUCGGUAUUGACGCCGGGGGUGUCAUGUUUCCGUAAGAAAUUCUUGCGGAUCCUGAAUAUUUAUUUUUAUUAUUUUUAUUUUACUCUCCACGUCUCUGAGCAGUGCUCGCCACACUGGGUCUGUCACUGUGCCAGACGCCCGCUCUGGAUUUUGGCCCACCUUGGAUUGCGGAGCACGACUGCAUUGCCCCAUAACUAAUAUUUGCCGCAGAUGGACGCGGGAGUAAGCGAGAAUGCGCACGAAAGCUUUCCGAGGGCAUAUUUUUCCAAUUACAACAAAAGCCUGUACCGUCUUUAUAGGCGUUCUAUUUUACCUUGCCACAUAAUAUGCAUGUAUUAUACCGACCCUUUGCUGACGGGGAAAGAACAAAAAGACUACCCUUCCGUUAUAUUACGAUUUGAAAAGCAAUUGGCUAUGUCUAUAAUAAUGAGCUGCCAGAUCUGUCCAGAAAACUCUGUAGAAAACGAUGCCGGUAAACUCUGUAAUCCAAGCUCUUCAAUUUUCCUCGCCGAGGCCGUGUUGCCUACCCGGCCGCAUUGGACUAUAACCAACAUGGCCGGCCACCUUCGAUCUACAGGUGUAUCACUGGCAUUUGGCCGAUUGCAUGAAGAAUACGCACAGACAAAACUUAUAAUGAAGGACUGCUUGACAAGUGCAUCUCAGAGGUGAGACAACAACAGCAUUGAUUCUGGGGGGACCCAUUCUUCCAGUGGAGACCUUUAGCCUCGCAAUCAGCUCGGGGGUGUAGGUGACUGGCCAAGUUAUCGGUAUUCAUUGGCUUGCAUUCGCCAUAACCAGCAGCCGGUCAAACGGACGCCAAGGCAAGCCAUGAUCCCCUCGCGGGUGGACAAAUUCAAGCAUCCUGUGUGUACUCGAGUACUGUACCGCAGUCGUUU